AUGCAUUCACACGGGACCAAGAGAACAAGAAAUUUGUCACCCACUGCUACUAGCAAGCGACGAGCUCCGUAUGCUGCUCGCGCAUGUACGGCUUGUCGACGACGGAAAGGCAAAUGCGACGGCCAACAGCCAUGCGACUACUGCGAAAACCGGGAAAAGACAUGCGUCUACGAUGGAGAAGGUGUUACUCCAGGUACAGCUACCAGGGGCCCAGCACAGCCAUCAGCGUCCCAGAGCGACGAGUCUGAUCAGAGGCUUUCGCAACCUCGGACACCAGCCGCAGCCAAUAGUCCACCGUCUCCAGCCAGUCUACCUACCAACCCCGGAGGACCAAUUGCAACCAGUAGUGGAUGUGAAAGCAUCCAUGACAGUGAUCUCCCAGGUCUAGUUGCAAGUUUUCGCACCCAAUUGCGACAAUUCAAGGCCAUGGUUGAAGCACAAAGCAGUGGCACGAACAGCCUAGGAUCAGGAUCAAUUGCUUCUGUUCAACCGUUGCAUUCACCUGAUGACGCCACAAGCACGUCAAAUAGACAGCUGUAUGCCACGCAAACAGAUACCACUACAAACUCCGCUAGCCAUUGCUUCUACGGUCCUACAAGCCCAGACUAUAGCAUGAACCUAGUACAGAUCACUUUGCGGCAGCUAGGCUAUCUCACAUCAUUAUCACACCACCCCAUGCUACCAAGUGUCGAUGGUAACGAUGCUCUAUCAUCGUCAAUAUCACCCUGGCAGCCCAGGCGUCACUGUGACCUGAUUCAGCUAUUGCAGUUCCGGUCAUGGCUAUCGCUCCAGGAGGCCAAAGAUGCUGUCAAUACAUAUCAUGAAGUCAUAGGAGAAUUACAUCCGUUUGUUGAUAUUGGCAGAGUUAGAAGCCAACUGGAAUCAUGGUACUCAAGUGAUCCGAACCAAUCUCUGGGCGGCGAGAACACCCAACCUGAUGAUGACGAUCUCAUUAUCUUGGUCCUCAUGCUCGCUACAGUAGCACAAGCCUCAAAAGAUACUUUGCUUGCAAAGAUGGCAUCCGUUCUGCAUUCCAACUUUAUGCAUUCAGCUAAUGCUGCCGUUACGUCUCCCACAACCAGCAUUAAACAAGUAACCAUCGCUUUACUACUGGGUUAUUAUUAUACUUUCCAUGACCUUUCACGGCUUGCAUUGAGGUUAUGUGGCACAGCUGGACGCAUGUUGAUGGACCUCGGCUUCCACAACAGCGACAUGCUGAAUCACAUUCUCAAGACUGAUGGUCAGCGCAAAGAGGCUUCCGCUAUGAUGUGUUCUGUGAUUAUACUCGAUCGACAAUGGAGUGCUAUGACUGGCUUACCGGCAAAUUUCCCGAAUGCCACGUUCAGUCCUAUGUCUGCUUGUCUGGAUAACAUGCCAUACACGAAAGCAAUGUACAUGCUCAUCCUUAUCAGCGACAGAUUCAACGAGCCAAUAUCCCUCGCGGCCAGGGGAAAUACCCGUAUAGACGAUGAUGUCAUGGAACUCUUGGUUUUCCAAAUCCAGCAGUGGCAGAAAAAGUGCGUCGGAGACAAGGAUCUGUCUGACAUGGAGACUUGGUUCACUGAACCGUCGAAGUUACCUCCAUCGUGGCUAUUACUCCUCAUCUUCCGAGCUGCGUCCAUACGGAGUCUUCUGCUACGUCCUUAUUUCUUCCCCACAUCAGACGUCGAGAAAAGCAAAUUAUACCUCCCACAGGCCAUGGAACUAGCAGGCAAAGUCACAGAAGCACUAUUCCAGCUGGACAAUACCACGUACAUAUACCGCAACCAACGACCGUGCUACCAGCACAUUCUGGCGUCCAUUUGUGCUCUUAUGUUUCUAGUGGCGGGCUACGUUGAAGAACAUCGCUCCGCCAUGUUACCGGACUUGACACCAGGAUAUGACGAUCAGAUCUAUGAAUGCUUCGUACGAGCACGCAAGCUGUCCCAGAAGUACGGAGAUGUGUCCACGGCUGCAGACAUUUUAGGGAAAAGGAUUCGAGAGCUCCGUCAGGCUAUGGAAACGUACGGUCGAGGACGCAGAGAGGUCCCUCGGGAACCAAUCCGAUCUACAACCGCCGGCCCGCAAAGCAAUGUCAUGUCGGCAGAUUCCUCUGCGACGCCACAACAAGCUCCUCUAGAGACUGAGACUCGACAAGAAGCUUUUGUUAAUGUAGUAAAUGUCUCAUUCGAGAAUGAGAUGAACUCUUUCGGUGGAAACUUCGGCUUGGAGUUCCCGAUGGACGGUGAUCAUGGUCUGCAGGAUGCUCCGCCAUGGGUGUUGCGAGGGUGGCCUGCUAAUUCACAAAGUUUUCUGUUUCAAUGA